GCAGUCAACAGAGCAAUGACCAUAGUACCAUACCUAUAAACUGCUUAAUUCAUGUGGUAAUGUGGUUAGAGCUAUACAGACAUACAGUUCACUGAAUCGUGACUCGUGAAUGCCGUGUGGCAGUGGUACGAUCUUCGAUAAUUAUAUUUAUGUUAUUUUCUGGUCAAAUAUUUGAUACUUCGUAUUCGUAGCAUUUUUAAAUUACUGUCCCUUCAUAUUAAAUAAACUACCAUGGAAGAGCCACCAGUAAAAACAGCCAAGCAAUUAGAAAAAGAAGCCAAGAAGUUAGCCAAAUUGGAAAAGUUUAAACAAAAACAAGAUCAAAAACAGAAUACACCAAAAGAAGAAAAAAAAGAAAAAAAAGAGCCAGUUAAAAAAGAAAAAGGAGUAGCAGUGUAUACUCAGAAUACUAAACCUGGUGAAAAAAAAGAUGUUUUGUGCCCAAUGCCUGAUUCAUAUAGCCCUGGAUAUGUAGAAGCUGCAUGGUAUAGCUGGUGGGAAAAAGAAGGAUUUUUCAAACCAGAAUAUGGGAAAAAAAAUGUAUUGGAAGAUAACCCUAAAGGAAAAUUUGUUAUGAUUAUUCCUCCUCCUAAUGUGACAGGAUCUUUACAUUUAGGACAUGCUCUCACUAAUGCAGUGGAGGAUGCAAUUACUCGAUGGAAUCGAAUGAAUGGAAAAACUACUUUAUGGAAUCCUGGCUGUGACCAUGCAGGAAUUGCAACUCAAGUAGUAGUCGAAAAAAAAUUAUGGCGUGAAGAAAAAAAAAAUAGACAUGAUAUUGGUCGUGAAAAGUUUAUUGAGAAAAUAUGGGACUGGAAAAAAGAGAAAGGUGAUCGUAUAUAUACACAACUAAAGUUAUUAGGAUCUUCAUUGGAUUGGGACCGUGCAUGUUUUACUAUGGACCCUAAACUUAGUCGUGCAGUCACAGAGGCUUUUAUACGUUUACAUGAAAGUGGUGAUAUAUAUAGAAGUAACCGUCUUGUAAAUUGGUCAUGCGCUUUAAAAAGUGCUAUUUCUGAUAUUGAGGUAGACAAAAUUGAACUGCCUGGUCGAACUUUUCUAUCUAUACCAGGUUAUGAAGAAAAAGUUGAAUUCGGUGUUCUUGUAUCAUUUGCUUAUAAAGUCAUAGGAGAAGACGAGAAAAUUAUUGUAGCUACUACUAGAGUUGAAACUAUUGUAGGAGAUACAGCUGUAGCUGUUCACCCAUCUGAUCCUAGAUACCGACACUUACAUGGUAAAUUUGUGCAACAUCCAUUUUGUGACAGGAAAUUGCCAAUAGUUUGUGACAAUUAUGUUGAAAAAGACUUUGGAACUGGUGCGGUAAAAAUAACUCCUGCUCAUGAUCCUAAUGACUAUGAAAUUGGUAAACGCCACAACCUACCGUUUAUAACAAUAUUUAAUGAUGAUGGUGUAAUUAUUGGUGAUUGUAUCGAAUUUAAUGGAAUGAAACGAUUUGAAGCACGUAAAGCUAUUUUACAAGCAUUAAAAAAAAAGAAUCUUUAUUGUGAAACUGUUGACAAUCCAAUGGUUGUACCCGUUUGUAGUCGAUCCAAGGAUGUUGUUGAACCACUCAUUAAACCACAAUGGUACAUUCGUUGUGACCAAAUGGCUAAACAAGCAUCAGAAGCCGUCAAAAAUGGUGAUCUCACAAUUAUACCAUCUCAACAUAAUAAAACUUGGUUUCAUUGGAUGGAUAAUAUUAGAGACUGGUGUAUAUCUAGACAACUUUGGUGGGGGCAUAGAAUUCCUGCUUAUUUUGUUACCAUUGAUAAUCAAUCUCCAAAUUUUAUUAAUGAGAAUGAUUGUUGGGUGAGUGCAUAUUCUUCAGAAGAAGCAUUACUAAAAGCAGUAAAAAAAUUCAAUGUUCCAAAAGAAAAUAUUACACUUCGACAAGAUGAAGAUGUUUUAGACACUUGGUUUUCGUCAGCUCUAUUUCCAUUUUCGAUAUUUGGAUGGCCUGAUAAAACGGAUGAUUUAAAGAUGUUUUUCCCCGGCACCCUAUUAGAAACUGGUUAUGAUAUCUUAUUCUUUUGGGUAGCUCGCAUGGUUUUCUUCUCUCAGCGUUUAAUGGGUUGUUUGCCAUUUAAGAAAAUCUUUUUGCAUUCCAUUGUACGUGAUGCUCAUGGCCGUAAAAUGAGCAAAUCAUUGGGUAAUGUUGUUGAUCCCAUAGAUGUUAUUAAAGGUAUUUCAUUAGAGGAUUUAAACAAACAACUUUCUGACAGUAACUUGGACCCAAAAGAAAUAGAAAAGGCUAAAGCAGGACAAAAACAAGACUAUCCUAAUGGAAUCCCAGAAUGUGGUACAGAUGCAUUACGUUUUGCUUUAUGUUCAUACAUGUCCCAAGGUCAUGAUAUAAAUUUGAGUAUUCUCCGGGUACAGGGUUAUCGUUUUUUCUGUAAUAAACUUUGGAACGCCAUAAAGUUUGCACUUAUGUAUUUUAAAAAAGAAUUUGUACCUUCCCCGAUAUCAGAGGUUAUAAACUUAAACAACAUGGAUAUAUGGAUUUUGAGUCGCUUGUCAUUAGCUGUAGAAUUGUGUAAUAUUUCGUUUGAAAACUAUGAACUAAAUGGUGCAACAACUGCGUGCUACAAUUUUUGGUUGUAUGAUUUAUGUGAUGUGUACCUGGAAUCACUAAAACCAGUAUUUGCAUCUAAUGAUAUAAAUAAGAUUAGUACUGUUCAAAAUGUAUUAUUUUGCUGUUUGGACACAGGAUUGAGAUUAUUAUCACCAUUUAUGCCAUUCAUUACUGAAGAACUUUAUCAGCGAUUGCCACACUCUAAUAUUACUAGAUAUCCUAGUAUAUCUGUUGCUGUAUAUCCCGAAACAAUAAAAUAUUCUUGGAGAGAUUUAAAAACCGAAAAUGAAGUUGAAGUGGUUCAAAAAAUUGUUCAUAGCAUUAGAUCGGCUUUAUCAGAUUAUAAUGUACCUAAAAGUUCAAAAACUGAAACAUAUAUUAAUUGUUCUGAUGAAAGUACAUUACAAACUGUAACUAAAUUUAAUUUAGAGAUUGCUACUUUUGCUAAUUGCAGUAAAGUAGAACUUGCAAAUGUGUCAUCUAUACCAAAUGGAUGUGCUAUCUUACCUAUAUCUGAUAAAUGCCAAGUACAUCUUUUAUUAAAGGGCUUGAUUGAUACAUCUAAGGAAAUAGAAAAGUUGAAAAAAAAGAGUGAUCUAUUAACUCAAACUGUAGAGAAACUAAAUAAAGCAAUGAAUGUAGCAGAUUACCAAAUUAAAGUUCCUGAAGAUGUAAGAAGUGCAAAUAAGGAAAAACUUAAGCAGUCUCAGGAUGAAUUGGAUAGACUCGCUGAAGCAAUUGGAGUACUAAACGUAAUGAAUUCAUAAUUGUGAAUGAAGAAUAAAAAAUAACUGCAAAAAAAGAAUAUUUCUACUUCAUUAUUUUAAUUUUGUGACCAUAAUAUUGAU